AUGAUGCCACGACCAAACUUCAGUUUCAAGAACAGCCCGCUAUGUGGAACGAAUUUUGAGACAUUCGCAUCAUUAAGUCGCUUCCAGGACGCGCAGAAACGGAAUCCAAAUUUGCAAAUGCUCCAUAACGGAAAGUGUAAGAGGUUAUGUCAGUUAUACGCACCGGUUUGUGGCAGUAAUGAGAAAACUUAUCACAAUAUCUGUCAUUUGAACUACGAUAGGAAGAAUUCGGGAGAUCUUUUCUCUAGAUACAACGGGAAAUGUGUGAAGAGCAAGGGAAAGUUAAAGGCGAAACCGAAAUUGUUUGGUUAUAAUUAUUAUGAGGAUGUGAGUUAUGUGCUGCAUUCAAGGAAGAAGAAGAAGAUGUGCUUUCUAUCAAAGUGA